AUGACCCAUGAAGAUACUCUAUCGUCUUCUUCAAUAGCUUCUUCCGAUAGAGAGACUGAGGCAGUUCCUGUCUUCAUCAACCCUUUUUCUCGAAGCCAACAAAAUGGAAGAGAAGCAGGAGAUCGCUCGCUUGCAUCAACUUCGGAGUUGCCUGAUUACUCGUCAAAUACCAACGUUGAUUCCUUGGAACCAGUUUGGAGUAUACUUCCGCUGUACCACAUGUACACGUCCACUGUCAGCGAGAGUGUUCUCAGGCAACCCAAUGACGACAGCUAUACGAAACCUCCGAUGUACAAUACUUCCCAUGAGAAUAAUGCAGAGAGAAGACGACCCAGCUCGCGUCUUGAACAUUUUGAAAAUUUCUUGAGACAAGAUAACCAAAGUCAGUAUUCCGAGGUGGAAUCGGAACCAAGUAAUUUGAUUGCAAGCGAUGAUAACUCCCAAGACUGGCAAAACACCAUCCUUGGGAAUAUCCAUAAAUUAGACAAUUUGAGUUCCACCAAAAAUGAAUUUGCUAACGCUAUCAAAUUUAGUGUGCAUUUUACAGAGAUGGUUGGCGAGCCUGGGGUGAAACAGAAAGAACUUGAUAUACUGAACUAUGAAUAUAAACAAGGAGAUAUUAUAAAUGGAUAUAUACUCAUUGAAAAUACUUCAGGAAAACCGAUUCCAUUUGACGCCUUCUACGUGGUUUUCGAAGGUACUUUUACUGUUGGUUCUGUCAUAACCGGAGACGAUCCCACAAAGGAUAAAGAAAUUACAUAUAUAAAGAAUUUUCUUGAAAUGUUUGAUUUGCACGCAUCGUGGCAUCAUGGCUUUAUUAAUAGAAUACCUACUGAUGAUCCUGACACUAUUAUUGACCCAGUAGACAAUACAUACCUACCCUUUGGUGAUAAUUCUCGCUACAUUAGACACGACUAUGUACAUAAGAGAUUUUUUACCUUUAAGAUUCCUGAGAAGCUUUUAGAUUCAUCCUGUUCACACAAUUUAAGCAGACAUACUGAAUUGCCUUCAACGCUAGGUUUAACUAAGGCUGAAAAGCAGUUUAAUUUGAAAAAUCCCAAGUUGGGCCGCAAAGUAAGGGAUUUUUCUUUUAUUAAUUCAAAUAUAUCCUAUAGCGUUAGUGCAAGAUUUAUAGGUAGGGCAUCUAUGUAUGGAGAAAAAUCGAAAACUAGUGGAAUGACUUCUAGAAUCGUGAAUACAGCAGGUGAUGAAUUUCUUGUACUAAAGGAUACUCGUCAGAAUUUGAGGAUUGUUCAAGAAUCCUUGCGUUAUAACCACGAAGAAAGAGUUGAAAAAACCAAGCAGGAGACUAUUUUGUAUAAUAAUUUAAAUUCCAGAUUGGAUGAACAUAUCGAAAUUGCUGAAAGCAUUUUGAGAGAGUCGACGGAAUCAAAGCUAGAAGAUAUCUAUACGAAUUUUCCUCCAGUAGAAACUAGAGAAAGAGCAAAUACAAUCAAUCCCUUAAUGUCCAGCUUACCUUCCAGUAUGUCAGGAAUCAGAAGAAAUAGCACGAACUCUACGGUGGGAAGUGGAAGUAUCUCUCGCAUUUCAACUAGUAACGAUUUACCAACUAAGAACAAUGUUGAUGAACUUGCUAAGAUACGGCAGCUAUACAAGCCAAAUCACAAGGAGAAAGGGUCAGAAUCGAGUAAUACUACAAGUGGAAAUGACGCAUAUAAAGUAUUCUUCCCUUGGCAAAAGCGAACUUUAUCAUUAACUUCUAAAUUUCAAGGGGCUAUUGUGGUUUCCACUCCCAAAAAACCAUAUUCAAUACUGUACAUUAGACCGGUUAGUUUCCGUCAACCGAAUUCUUCUACUCCAGAUAAUCCUUGGAAUUUGGAACUACCCAUUGAUUUUGAAUAUAUUCAACUGCAAACAGAUAAUCUAGAUAAAAGGAUACAAUUACCCGAAAUAAAGAAAAUAGGUGUAGAAUUUGUCUGCUUGACGAUAAAAUCCGACCAUGGCCCAAUCCCCAUAGAGAUAAACGAUGAUAUGUUGUUUAAAGAUACGACUCUGUUUGAUAAACCUUGUCGACUGGUGUUUGAGUACAAUACAGAUUAUUUGGAAAGCAACGUGGUUGGGCAAAUCAGAGAAAAAUUUGUCAAGAUUCAUGUGUUAGCUAGCAAACUAGGGCCGGAGGGAUUCAGAAUGGAUUCACAGCUUGUUGACGAUGUUAAAGUUCUUUGCAACUUGGAAACAAAAAAUAAUACCAUGACUGUGGGUGGAGUAAAGAUAAAAAUGACUGAUUCUAAAGAUAAGGAAAUUACAUUGAACAAAGUUGGUGAGCUUUCAAAGCUGCCCUGGUCACUCAAAGAAGGUGCGACCACUACUACAUACAUUAAGAAGUUCAGUUUACAAAUUGACAUGUCUACAUCUAAAUUGAAAACUCCAGACAAACAGGUUGGUAAAUCAUUUGACAACUUUUGCUUAGUGCCAAAUUUUCAGAUGUGUCAAAUGGCAAGGUUUUACUAUAUUAGAGUGUCCAUUACAUUACUGAAGAACGAAGUAAUACUUGUAAAUAUACCAAUUGAGGUAGUGAAAUAA